CAAAUGUUGCAAUUGUUUUAUUCCAAAAUGAUCAACUUGUGGAAUACUAAAUUAUGUUGUAGAAAUGGCGAGUAGUUUUAAUGUGAAUGGAUUUAGAACGUUAUGUACGUCUUUUUUGCGACAACACGGAGUUAAAAAUUUCAAGAUGAUUUUAUCAAAAGUAAACACAAGUUGGUCAAGAAGAUCUUUAUCUACUUUGGAUUUAUACCCACGGUAUGUAAAUAUAGUAGAGGUUGGUGCAAGAGAUGGACUUCAAAAUGAGCAGAUGUUUGUUCCCACUGAAGCAAAAAUCCAAUUCAUCAACAUGCUUUCAAAAACUGGACUUCCAGUUAUUGAAGUGACAAGCUUUGUUUCUCCCAAAUGGAUUCCUCAGAUGAAGGAUCAAAAUGAAGUUUUUCUAGGGAUACAAAAGGAUCCACAGAUAUCCUAUCCUGUUCUUGUACCAAAUAUUCAAGGCUUUCAUGCCGCAUUAAAAGCUGGUGCAGAGGUUGUAGCAAUUUUUGGUGCUGCCUCAGAAACAUUUUGUCGAAAAAACAUCAAUUGCUCUAUUAGUGAAAGCUUGAAACGUUUUGAAGUGGUAUGUGAGGCUGCCUCAAAAAACAUGGUCAGAGUAAGAGGGUAUUUGUCGUGUGUUGUUGGCUGCCCUUAUGAAGGAGAUAUCAAACCAGAAAUGGUUGCAAAGAUAACCAAGUCACUUUUGGAUAUGGGCUGCUAUGAGGUAUCUCUUGCAGAUACUAUUGGGGUUGGUACUCCUGGUUCAUUUGAAAAUAUGUUAAGGGAAGUGACUAAAACAGUCCCAGCAAGUCGAUUGGCAUUACAUUGUCAUGAUACCUAUGGUCAGGCAUUGUCCAACAUUCGUACUGGGCUUGAGUUUGGUAUAGCAACCAUAGACUCUUCAACAAGUGGCCUUGGAGGUUGUCCAUAUGCAAAGGGUGCUUCUGGAAAUGUUGCAACAGAAGAUGUUGUCUACAUGUUGCAUGGCAUGGGAAUUAAGACGGGAGUCAAUUUAAAUAAGCUACUAGAAGCAAGCAAUUACAUAUCUUCAAUUCUUAAAAAAGUUCCGUCAUCAAAAGUUGCAAUAGCUCUCAAUUCAAAAAUGUGAUGUUUGUUGUUUCAGAAACUUGACUCACCUUUACAUAUGUAAACUGCAUAAAAAUUUUACUAGAACAAUAACUUUCUUCAAUGGUAAAUAGCCCUUUUUCCAAUUGAAAAAUCAGUUAAUUUGCUCCAUGAUUGUGUGAAUACAUAAAAAAUAUGAAAUAUGUUGUUGUAUACAAUGAGUAAACUAAAUCAUUAUGGAAAAAUAAAUGAUAAACUCAAACUUUAGUCAACAAAUGAAAAA